CGUGCGACUUUCAAUUCUGUGUACCGAGUAUACGCGCAUACUAUCAAAUUCCUCGAUCACCAACGACGCGAUAAUGUGUUGCAGCAUGUGAUGCAAGGUUGUUGUAGUAGUCAGAGGUGGGGAGGAGCUGUUGCAAGUUCCUAGACAGCUCGACUUUUUGUCGACGGUGUAGGGAGUUGCCGGAGAAAGAGAGCUGGGGUCUGAUGUGUCCAAUUGUGGCGCAAUUAGCAGGGUGUGGCACUGCUGGGCAUGUAACAAUGGAGCCGCAACUGAUGAUGUCGAGGAUCGGCGCAGGGAAUGGUGUGUUGGGGUGUCGCGGAUUGCACGUGCCGAUAUCGAUGGUGAGGGGAGGACGAUCUGCCGCGGCGGCUGCCUGCAGCUGGACGACUUGCAAUGAGCUGCUUGGGGAGAAUGUGAGACGAGACUCGGUUUUGAGGCCGCAUUUAAUGGCGUGCUCGAAGGAAACCGGCGGGGGUAGAGUUUCGUCGACUGGGUUGUGGGUGAAGAAGGAGGAGGCUGGGAAGAGGAGUCUGGUCAUUCGGGCUGCCUCUCCAAAUAAUGUUGCAACAGGUGUUGUGAAGAACAAUAAGUUUAAAAUUAAUCUGGACGAGUACAUGGUCACCCUCGAGAAGCCUAUUGGAAUUCGAUUUGCGCAGACGCUAAGUGGCAAGGUUUAUGUUGAAGCCCUCGCGAAAAAUGGAAACGCGGAGAGCACUAUGAUGAUAAUGGUGGGAGAUGUGUUGAAGAAGACGAGUGCGGUGUUUGGUGAUGGAAUGUGGGACGUGGAGGAUUUUUCGCGUAGCAUGCAGGCAAUCAGGAGCCGUAGUGGUCCUGUGAGCUUGAUAUUUGAAAGGUCUCCUCCACCACUGCAGUCUGAUUUGAAGAAAAAGGCGGACAUUCCGUUUAACGGAGGCAGAGUUGCCUUUGCGACUUGGAACGGCAACAUUCUUGCGUAUCCGUAUCAAGGAGGAACCGUGGGAUUUCUCACGUUUAGUUCGAAGUACAUAAUGCCCAAAGGAUUGACGAGGCUAGCGAAUGCAACUGCGGUUCAGGAGCCUUAUGAAACAUUCUCUGGACGCAGACCGCUGGGUGAUUUUGAGGCAGACGACGAUUUUGAAGUAAUAGCAUCUGCCAGUGACGAAGACGAGGACGAGGAUACAGGGACAGAAUGGUCUCACGGCAGUUUUAAUAAUGAUGAAUAUCAAGCUGCCCUUGCACGUGCUCAAAAUGAUCUUACUUACAAGCCUUAUCGUGGCAAUACCUAUACCAAGUUGACAGAUUAUAUAUACGUUGGUUCGUGCAUUCAGUCUGCAGAAGAUAUCUCACAUCUUGCCGAUAACUUUGGAAUCACGGCAGUGUUGAACUUGCAACGCAAAAGCGAGCAGGUGAACUGGGGAAUCAAUGGUCAAGAAAUUGAUAAUAUGGCUCGGCAGAAGGGUAUUAUAGUCGUGGAUGCUCCAAUCAGGGACGUAGACACGGUUGACUUGAGAAGGAAAUUGCCUUACGCAGUUGGAGUCCUUCAUCGAUUAUUGCGAAGGUGUCAUCGUGUUUACGUGACAUGCACCACUGGCCUUGAUCGAGCUCCAUCUUGUGUUAUUGGCUACUUACACUGGAUUCAGGAUGUGAGUCUUCCACAAGCUUACGACUUUGUCACCUCUCUCCACCGUUCCGGCCCGGAUAGGCCCGCCUUGGUGUGGGCUACGUGGGACCUUAUUGCGAUGGUUGAAGAGGGUAAACACGAAGGUCUUCCAACCCAUUCUGUUCAGUUUGUCUGGAACCAUGGAUGCAACCCGGGUGAGGAAGUGCUAGUUGUUGGAGAGUUCACAUCAGAUUGGACCAAGCCCAUAAAAGCAAAUCAUGUUAGUGGGACCAAGUUUGCGGUUAACCUCCGCCUUCCUCAGGGCAGGUACAUGUACAAAUUUAUAGUUGGAGGCCAUUGGCGUCAUGCGCACAAUCUACCAACUGACAUGGAUCAAUGGGGCAACAUCAACAACGUAAUCCAGAUUGGCGACGUGGCCACUUCCAACUUUAACAAUCGAUCUGGCCCUCGUAUGAAGGACCCCACGAAUAUCAAGGUCAUCGAACGACCUUUGACUGAAGAUGAGCGCUUCACGCUUGCGUUUGCAGCACGCAGGAUGGCAUUUUCCAUCUCUCCGAUUACUUUCCAAAGCAAAAGAUGACAGCCGCAUUCUCUGUACAUUACUUUCAGCAAAUGAAUGUAGUUUUCACUACGUUUGACGGAACAUUUCACCGGAGUGAGCAUUCAGUACAUCAUCUCUUCUGUCUUUGAGUCUCUGGAGCCGUUGGGCAAUCAUGGGUCUCCCAUCAACAACAAAAAUUUAACUACUUGAUAUCCCGGUGAAGUUUAUUUUUGCCUUGUGCUCAUUUUUGUUAUUAUUACCAUUGUUCUUAUGAUCAGUUGACAACUUGCACAUCUGCUGCACAUAUGUGUGUAAUAAACAAAGUCACUUCAUCAA